GUUAGCCCAUAAAUGUUAGCUCUGAGAAGGAGAGCUGUACGGAUGCAAGAUGGCGGCCCCCAUGGUGACUUCCACGGUAACUCUGCGAUCUGGAGAAAAGCAGGAAUUUAGCCACCAAAUUCAGAGUAAUAGUGACGCAAUCACGCAUGAUAAGUUACGAGAAUCUAUACAGGUUAUACAGAAGGAGGUGAAUGAGUACCUUACCGUUCAAGUUGAUCUUGAGAAGGGUUCCAAAUCGAAUGAUUUAAGCAACGACGAUAAUGCUGAUGAAGAAGGAGAAGAAGAGGAAGAAAACGAAGAUGAAGAUGAAGAAGAUGAAGGUGGAACAAAUGGAGAAGGCCAGGGAGAUCGAGAGCCACCCCCAAAGAAACCCAAGAAAUGAAUCAGCCUUAAACUUUUGUUUUUGACACUUGCAUCUUGGACCAUUGGAUUUCAUGGCAUUGUGGAAUGUGCAUGGCUAAAGAGUUGGCUUGACCCGUUGGCUUGACCCGUUGGAUAAUAAACAGUGUGGCCACUCUGGAGACUCUCAUGUUUUCAAGAACUACAUGUAGUGCCGUGGAGUUUAAGCAAAGGAAUGAUUACGAAGGACCUCAGAUUGAAUUAACAGAUGUUCACGCACAUAAUGGCUCAACUUAGUGCUUGUGUUUCAGGAUUCCCACGGUCAUGGAAAACAUCAUGGAAAGUCCUGGACAAAAAGUUGGAAAAGUCGUUGAAAAUUUGGGGGGAAAAUUCAUGGAAAUCAAGAUCAUGAAAGUGUUAAUUUUGAUGGGCCGCUUUAAGGAUGGCAGUAAGGGGAGGAGGAGGCCGUUAUGAAUUAAAAGUUGUUCUUAAAAGAUAACAAAUGGUUAGCUUAACAUUAGCGGUUCAUCAGUAUCAUAAUACCAAACAACCUUUCCCUGCAUAAUGGCCUUAAAUGUCAUGGAAAUUGUCAUAUUUUAGUCUUGGAAAGUCGUGGAAUUUGGUUUUCAGAUGUUUGUGGGAACUCUGGUUCUCUAAACAAGUGAAUCACGCCAUAUAGUAUGUUCCUUGCUCUAUGAUCACACAAAUCAAAUGUGUAUUUUGCUCCAGUUCGGUUUGAUGAGACACUUGAUUCUUUUGUCCAAA